AAAAACCUUUGAGCCACCCGGUAUCAAUUAUGAGUAAUCGAUCGCAUCGAAAUUACUAAUGUUCUCGAGGUGACAACGAUAACGAUAAGCGACUUCAAUGGACAGAUAACACGACUUGACAAAAGUUUCCUUGCAUACAAUUGUGCGAAGGUUAGAAAUAACUGACUCUGACUUCGACCUUGCGACGUGUCGAGCUAAAUAUUCUGUCACACAGGAAAUUAUAAAUCAUGAUGAAGAUUGCUCCAAUUUUUUUGGUCGUCGUCGUUAUGGCGACGAGCGCCGUUCAAGGCGCCACCCUUAAUGAAAAUAAGAAGGGGGAACUAAAAAGCAAGCCGCUGGAAGGAGGAGGCGCCGGAUUGGAUUGGGAGUGUCCCUCGUACUGCGAUUACUGCGCGGGUGACAGAUGCUACUACUACGACUACUACUAUGACGACGUGGACUUAGCGGUGGGCUGGAUAGUUGCCAUUGCGAUCACCGUCUUCAUAGUCUUCUUUGUCUGCAUUCCUGUCGGACUUUGCUUCUGUUGUGGAUGGUGCUGUUUCGCCGGUUGUCGGAAGCGGGAUCAACCCGGGAUUGUUUAUGUGCAAGGACCACCCCCAGCGGGUUGGGGACAACAACCAGGGGCCGGUCAGCAACAGCAGUAUGGACAAUAUCCCCCAACAUACCCACAUCAGCAACAAUACGGACAACAAGUCAACACAUAACGCCAGAAUUGAUUUGUUUGCAAGUGCAUAAUUUGUCUUUUCAAAUUUAUAAUAGUAUGAAAUACCUAUGUAAAAUUGUAACAAAGAUAAUAAAUUAAUUAACGUUUUGUGAGAGUCUUACUUUUUA